UUAGGCAUUUUCCAAAACCCUGUAGAAACAUUUGUCAUGUGCUUCUGAUUUCUUUGUUUCAAUCUCUCUGAUACAACUGUCUGAAGUGCUAGUUUCUCUCAUGAUAGGAAAGCUCUUUCCACAUGCUGAGAUCUUUAAAUGGAUGAUGUAUGGAAAUGAUGGAAAGCAUCCAGCAUGUGACCCGUCCUACUUUGGCCGGAGAGAAUUUUCCUUCACACUGGAUAAUGACAUUUAUCUGCGCUUCCAAUCGUUCAACAACGCGGCUGAACUGGAAAGUUCUAUCAAAGAAAAGUGCCCAUUUAAGAUUGAUAUUGGACCUGUAUACAGUGUAGAUCCUGCUAAACGGCAUGCAUAUGCACAAGGUGGUAAUAAUGUUUUCAUGCCAGUAGAGAGGGAGCUCGUUUUUGAUAUUGAUAUGUCCGAUUAUGAUGAUGUUCGGUACUGCUGCUCAGGAGCAGAAGUCUGCUUAGAAUGCUGGCCAUUGAUGACCAUCGCCAUUAAAGUGAUGGAUAUUGCUCUCAGAGAUGAUUUUGGUUUUAAUCACAUACUCUGGGUAUAUAGUGGUAGACGCGGUGUUCAUUGUUGGGUUUGUGAUGGGAGAGCGAGGAGGUUGACUAAUGAACAGAGGGCAGCUAUUGCAGACUACUUCAGGGUAUACAAGGGAAAUGAAAAUAGUAAUAAGAAAGUGUCUUUGAUGGGUCCAGCUCUGCAUCCUUUACUGGCGAGAUUAUAUACAGAUGUCUUGAAGGUCUUUUUUGAAGAGAAACUGCUUGGUGGGUAGAAAUUAUUUGCAUCCGAAGAGAAAUAUCAAAAGAUCCUUGACAUGAUUCCUGAUGAAACUAUUGCUACAGAGCUACAGGCAAGGUGGCAGGAAAACCGACGGUCCAUCUCAAAAGAAGACCUUAAUGUUGUCCGAUGGGAGCAAUUAAAACACGCGUUGCAGUCUAGGAAGUAAAA